GCCUGAGAAAUGAUGGCCUUCACUUUGCUAGCUUGCCUGUACUUCACGUUACCUUUUGUUUCGCCUGCAAGAAAUAUUUCUCUCAAGUGCAUGCAAGAUACUGAUGAAUUCCUUUCUGAUCUGAAUUCACCGAAGCCCAAAGAAUACGCUCUGAGAAUGUAUGACUCGGUGGGAAAGCUUGGAAGCAACGUUCUUAGCGGCAACCUGGACAGGUUGGGAUCCUACAGCGAGUGUCUUUCCACCCGGGGCCCCGAGGGAAGAUUCCGAGGCCAGUACUGCAAACUUCAUCUACUGCAGGAUGGAGCAGACUAUAGUGUGGGGGUGUGUGUCCCUGACUCUUGCGGUGAAGAGGAUGUGACCAUGAUGUCUCAGCUGGAUAUGCUAAGGUUCAGAAAUACUUCGUUUUUGGCACCUUCCCUCUCCCUCUUUACAAAAAACUCUUCCUCCUUGCCUUGUGAAAGUGUGGCCAGAUGUGCUGCUGGGGUGUUUCGGCUGGACACGUUUGCCUCCGUGUGUCUGUUCAUCACCUUGCUAGGCCUUGUCCUUCCUGUGGUGGGGACUGUUUACAUGGCGGCCAGGAACUGGGGCUUGGACCUCAGGCCAUCACCGGCACACGGGACUUCGGCAGGCUGUGAGAAUCUGCCUUUGAGAAAUGUGGAGAGCGAUGGGCAAAGAAGCAGGAGACCACAGACCAAUUGCCAAGUUCAUCUCUCCCCGCCAGGACCCCUGAGCAGAGGAAAAAGGUUUCUAGGAGCCGUGGAUGGAGCUCUACAGUGCUUUUCUUGGCAAAAGAACAUGCUGGCCAUCUGUCCCCCAGAGCUGCCGGAAGGCACCUGCCAGACACUGAACGGGAUCCGAGUCCUGAGUCUCCUUUGGAUUGUCUCGGGGCACACCAGUCAGAUGACCGCUUGGCUGUCUUUGGAUAAUGUGCUUGAAUGGAAGGCCAGAGUGCCGGCGCACCCGCUCUACCUCUACUCUCGGAGUGGCCCGUUCUACGUCGGGGUGGACACGUUUUUCCUGAUCAGUGGUUGGUUAAGUGCAAGGUCAUUUCUAAAGAUGCACCGGAACACAAAUGCGGGAAUAACCCCUAAAGUCAUGCUCAGAUACUUUCUCAAACGUUUUACAAGGUUGCAGCUUCUUCACCUGUACUCAGUGUGCUUGCUGGUCGGACUCUUCUCCUUGGUUCCCUGGGGACCUGUCUGGGAGGUGCCGCAGUUCCACUGGGAUAACUGCCGGCGAGUCUGGUGGACGAAUCUGCUGCUGUUGAACAACUUCGUGUCUGUUCAGAACGCCUGCCAUGGCUGGACUUGGUACCUCGCCAGCGACUUCCAGUUCCACCUCCUGACGCCGCUCAUCUUCUUCGUCCAUGGAAAAAAUAAACGUGUCCUUGUCCUCCUCGGGGCCCUGCUGUUCCUGACAUCUUUCGCUGCCACUGCUCUGCUCACAUUGGCUUAUAAACUCCCGGUGGCGUCUCCAUCAUCAGCCAGUGAAAACGAGACUGCCCUGUAUUUCUCAGAGUAUUACACCAAACCCUACUGCCGGUGCGGCCCGUUCCUUGUGGGCCUCUUCCUGAGCAUGUUCAUGCAUUCAGACCACCCUACAAGCAUUCUCAAAACUCCGGUGCAGGCCACGCUGGGCUGGACUUUCUCUCUGCUGACCCUGUUUGCAGUUGUCUCGCUGGCAUACGUAGUGGAUGACACCUCCCCCGCCUCUUCCACGGCUGCUGCCAUCUACCAGGCCCUCCAUCGGACCCUGUGGGCAGCAGCUGUGGGCUGGAUCAUCUUUGCCUGUCAGGAAGGCUAUGGAGGUCCGGUGACGCGUGUGCUUUCUUGCGGCAUCUGGAGUCUCCCGGCUAGCAUCAGUUACGCUUGCUACCUCGUCCACCCCAUAGUGAUCAUCCUCUAUAACGGACUGCAGGAGACCCUUCUCCACUAUACUGAUACCAAUAUGUUCUAUCUUUUCUCUGGACACUGUGUGCUGACCUUCCUCUGCGGGCUGGCCCUGACGCUGUUCAUCGAGCGGCCAUGGCAGGAGCUGAAGUGCGGCCCGUGGGGACCAGUGCCUGCUGGGCCGUGAACAUUCUGACUGGAAUGCUGGAGAACCGCAGCCCACCUGUGGAAGUGAAUCGGAAGGAAUGGGAAUCUGAUUUUGUGAACAUUUACUGUGUACAAUGUGUAUAGAUAACCCGUGUUCACUAUAAAAAGUGCUGCGAGCCACAGAAAUAUGAAGUAGGAAUUCAGUUGAUGGUAGCAAAAAGAAUUCUUCCAGAGGAUAAAGCCGAGACUCAAGGAGUCUUGGUGAUACUGCUUUUGUAUGUAUCAGCUGUCUCCUAGAGUGAAUUUCUUGUGUGCUAUUGUAGCUUUCCCAUUUGAUUGAUCAUUUAUUAGGCACAAUUUUUCCCUAUUGGGGUAUUUGGAUAAGAUCCCCAGGCUUUUGUUCUCCUGUUUAGCAUUAGACCCAGAAGUCUGCCUUUCUACAAUUAUCUCCAUGAGCAAGUAUCUGGCCAGGGCUCUCUCCGGACAAAAGCAUUUUAUCUGAGACAUCUCUCAAACAUUCAAGGGCAAACUGCAGAUAAGCAUUCAGACCACCUGCUAGCCUUCUGGAGUAAGGUAAAUACCCACCUAGGCCAGGUAGAUGUUAGGUACAAAACUUUGUUCUUGUGCAAAUUAAGCUUAAACCCUCCUUUCUCCCAUAGCCCAAGUCCCCCUUUAACAAAAGCCCACAACAAAAGGGCUUUUACGUACCAGGUACAUCAAGCUGUGGCACAGGCUAUCUAGCUACCAGUUCAUUUCACCUGCCCUGCCAGAAAAGGGCACAGCUGAGAUUAGACAGAGACAGAUACGGCUCCAAAGG